AUGGAGACUGAAACUCAAUAUCAAAUUAGUCAAGAAGGUGUGUUUCUAAUUAUAUCUUUAGAUAUCGAAAUUCUGAAUGAUAAAUAUCGUCUGGUUUUUACAUAUCCCGCAGCAGCAUUUGCUAUAUCCGCUGUAAUCCUGGCAUCCACUAGAUUUUUGAGCUUCCCAAAAUUCUUCAGAAACCCACUUGAAGUAUGCAUUCCAAACAUUUAAAUCAGUCUCCUGAAGGAAAUGCUCUUUUCUACUAAAGACUGGCCAAAAUGGCAAAACCACCUUUGCUAUUAUAUGGAGCAUGUGUCGGAGGAGCUAUUGGGUUAUUUCAAUAUGAACUAGCCAAGUAUUAGAUGUUUGUGAAGUACAAGACUUUAGUGAAUACAUAUUUGGAUGCUUGUGAGGCUGUCUAUGUGAGUGAAUUAAAAAAGAGUUAGGAAAAAUGAAUUUAAUUAAAAAAUGAGUACAUUAUCAAUAUCA